AUGGAGGCUGGUGCGAGUACUGGUACUCGUACAACGCGAUUUAUGAUGGAGGGUGUCGGAGCCCGGGUCAUCCGUGGACCUGAAUGGAAGUGGGGUAAACAGGAUGGUGGAGAAGGUCAUGUAGGAACUGUUAGAAAUUUUGAAUCUCCUGAAGAAGUUGUUGUUGUUUGGGAUAAUGGUACAGCAGCCAAUUACCGAUGUUCUGGUGCAUUUGAUCUACGAAUUUUGGAUUCAGCUCCAACAGGUGUAAAACAUGAUGGAACAAUGUGUGAUACAUGUAGACAACAACCAAUUUUUGGAAUUCGAUGGAAAUGUGCAGAAUGUGGCAAUUAUGAUCUUUGUUCUAUUUGUUAUCAUGCAGACAAGCAUCACCUAAGACAUAGAUUUUAUCGUAUAUCAACACCUGGUAGUGAAAGGGUAUUAUUGGAACCAAGGCGUAAAAGCAAAAAAAUUGCAAUUCGUGGUAUAUUUCCUGGUGCAAGAGUUGUAAGAGGUGUUGAUUGGCAAUGGGAAGAUCAAGAUGGUGGAAAUGGUCGAAGAGGUAAAGUUAAUGAAAUUCAAGAUUGGUCUGCCGCUAGUCCACGUUCAGCAGCCUAUGUUAUAUGGGAUAAUGGUGCCAAAAAUUUGUAUCGUGUUGGUUUUGAAGGAAUGGCGGAUUUAAAAGUUGUUAAUGACGCUAAAGGCCAAACAGUUUACAGAUAUCAUUUACCACUAUUAGGUGAACAAGGUCCAGGUCGCACUGGCGCCCAUGGAUUACAAAUUGGAGAUCAGGUUAACGUUGAUUUGGAAUUAGAAAUUGUACAAUCAUUACAACAUGGGCAUGGUGGUUGGACAGAUGGUAUGUUCGAGUGUCUCGGUACUACAGGGACUGUUGUUGGUAUUGAUGAAGAUCAUGAUAUUGUUGUGUCCUAUCCAAGUGGUAAUCGAUGGACUUUCAAUCCUGCUGUAUUAACAAAAGUACAAAUACCAGUACCAGUUACUAGUUCAAGUUCUGAUAACCAAACAUUUGCGGUUGGUGACUUGGUACAAAUAUGUAAUGAUAUAGAAAAAAUAAAAAGACUUCAACGAGGUCAUGGAGAAUGGGCCGAAGCAAUGGCACCAACUAUGGGAAAGAUUGGUAGAGUUUUGCAAAUAUAUCACGAUGGAGAUUUAAAAGUAGAAGUUUGUAGUACAUCUUGGACAUAUAAUCCCCAAGCAGUUACCAAAGUUGCAAGUAGUGAUGAUAGUGUACCGGGAAAUAGCAGUGGAGAACGUCUAUCAGCGUUAUUAAAAAAAUUAUUUGAAACCCAUGUCUCGAGUGAUGUUAAUGAAGAACUAGUAAAAACCGCUGCAAAUGGUGAUGCUGUUAAAUGUGAAGAGUGUUUAAAAAGACCCGAAGCUGAUGUAAACGGUGUAUUUGCGGGUCAUACUGCUUUACAAGCAGCAAGUCAAAAUGGUCACUUAGAAGUUAUUAAAAUCCUUCUCCGUUAUAAAGCAGAUGUCGAAAUUGAGGAUAAAGAUGGAGAUAGAGCUGUGCAUCAUGCAGCAUUUGGGGAUGAACCGGGUGUAAUGGCAUUAUUAGCUGGUGCUGGAGCUGAUUUGAAUGCUAGAAAUAAAAGACGCCAAACUGCCCUCCAUAUCGCAGUUAAUAAAGGACAUGCCGGUGUAGUACGUACGUUGUUGGAAUUGGGGUGUCAUCCAAGUUUGCAG